AUGGAAAUGUUCGUAAAAACUGUAACUGCAAAUGCAAUUUGUUUGGUAUUUGAGUCUAGCGAUACCAUCGCAACUGUUAAAGUAAAAAUCGGACAGAAGAAAGGCAUCAUGCCCGAGCGACAAUGUUUCUUCGUUACUGAUACGAACGUUGAAGACGGACGCACUCUUUACGCCCAUCGCAUCCGGAAGUGGUCGACUUUGAAUUUAACGCUUCGUUUACGUGGCGGCGCCAUUGAGCCAUCUUUGCGUCUGCGGGCUCAGAAAUAUAGUUGCGAGAAAAUGAUAUACCGAAAAUGCUAUGCUCCCCGAUAUCAGCGUUCCAUCAAUUGUCGCAAAAAGAUGUAUCGAUCGUGGAGAAAAUAA